UGAAGUUGAAUGCUUAUACGUUUAUCUCAUACUCAGAUCGUGAUAUAUGCAUAUAAUUCGCUAGUCUUGCUUCUGCUUCCUUUGAUUUUAAGUCAUGGCUGUGACUUCGAAGUGACUGUGUUGCUUCGUUUUCUCUCUGUGUUCCAUAUGCUAUGCUGCUUCGCUCUACACGCGCAUCCCUUCAUACCGUCAACCACUUCUUGGCGGAGGCUGCGGUGGUGGGAAGCCGGUUGGCCGUCUCCACCUCCGCCUCAGGGACGGCAUCGAAGAGAAAAGGCAGAGACAUUUUUCGGGAAGAGGCUGCUGAGUCUGGUGUGCGCAGAGCGCAGUGCGGGUGGGAACGACUUGCAAGUGGAAAAAGGGAGGAGGCGCGGUGUGAAGUACGGGCUCAACCGCAUCGUCAAAGAGCUUCGCAAGCUCAAGCGCUACAAGCACGCCAUCGAGAUAUAGCCAGCCAUCAAUCCGAGAGAGUUGUGGAGCCGCAACAUUCGUGGUGACUUAGUCAAUACCUCCAACAGAAUCCGAAUCAAGCAAUGAUAUGCCUUCUCAAGGGGUCAACACAAAUGUAUGAGUUCAAUAACAGGAUCUAGCAACAAGUGGAACUUGUGAAUGAAAUGGAGAUGUAAACUUGAGUUGAUUGAUCAGAGGCGACAGUAUUUUAGAUUUAUGAGCUAUAUCUAGAAUUGUUUCCUGACAAAGAAACUCACUGGACAAUAAUAAGCGAGUCACAAGAACAA